AGAAAAAAGAAAUCAAACUUUUAGAUUGCCGUUAUGUAAAUGGGCAUCCGGUCCUCAUCGUUGACGGACGACACAUGACAAAUUACGCGGGGGCAGAGUAGCGCAGAGGGAUGUACAUUCCAACAAGAAUCGCAGCCAGAAUUCCCCUACUCACCUCUCCUUCGCUUCCCUCCUCCUCCUCCCUCCGCAGCUUCUCCUCUUCAUUCUCUCACCACCGCGUGCGCAAAUUGGGUAAUUUAGCGCCAACAGCGCACAUCAGUAGAUUGAAACGCUGCGCUGCGAAGACGAUGGCUUGGAGUUUGGAGAAGAGCGACGCGGGCGUUGAAACCCACUUGGGGGUGGUCCGGCCGGCCACUGAAGCUCACGCUGAAGAGGCCGUCGGAGCUCUCAGAGCGGGAAAAGUCAUUGCCGUCCCCACCGAUACGCUAUACGGCUUCGCUUGUGAUGCUUGCUCUUUAGAAGCAGUGAACCGGAUAUAUGAGAUUAAAGGACGUAGGCAUACAAGUCCUCUUGCAGUUUGUGUUGGGGAUGUUCCAGACAUUGAGCGGUUUGCUGUCACGGACCAUUUGCCCCAUGGCUUGCUUGAGGCUCUCCUUCCAGGACCCGUGACCCUUGUACUAAGCCGAGGGGAGUCAAGUAUUCUUGAGAAGUCUUUAAACCCAGGAUUGGAGAGUAUAGGAGUCCGAGUACCCGACUGUAACUUCAUCAGGGACAUUGCACGCAAAUUGGGGAGUGCAUUGGCCCUUACAAGUGCAAACCUAAGUGGGCAGCCAAGUAGUGUUUCCAUCAAAGAUUUUGAGAAUCUCUGGGAACACUGUGCGUACGUUUACAAUGGUGGUGUGCUUCCUUCAGGCCGUGCAGGCUCAACAGUUGUGGACCUCACCAAACUCGACAGGUACAAGAUUCUUCGACCCGGAAGUGCGAGAGACGAAACUGUUGCAAUUCUCGGAAGGUUUUCUCUUGAGGAAGAAGGAACCGCUACUUAAACCCACAUGUAUUGCAAAUUCCAUGAUUUACAUGCCUUAAUGGCUGUGAUCUGGGCAGCUGGAAGGUAUGAAUCGAUGAUAUAUACACACUUAUAACCCGGAAUUGAAGCAAAUUUGUGAUUGUAGAAUCCUUUUGUUUUUGUAAUUUUAUAUGACCUGAAGCGAUCGAUGAAGUUUGGAUAUAAGUUAGAUUGGUUAAGUUCAUUCACCACUAAGCUAUUAUCUCAAGUUCUGUUAUAUUUUAAUACUUUUAUAUUUUGAUACGAAUUAUUUUGUAUCA